AUGGGGAUGGGGUGGUGGAAUAUUUUAUUAUUCACUUCAAAUUUAAGUAUCGGCCAACCAAUCGUUGACUCACUGGAGUUCUUGCAAGGCCUUUAUAUAUGUAGAUCUAUACCCUUUCGCUCUUCAUCCUCCAAUCUCUGGUGUCUUACACUGGUGGUGGUGGCGGCAGCGGUGGAGCUGGGAGUGGUCAAUUUCAAUUUGAUGGGGCUGUGUUUCACCAAGCUUUUCGGUCGCCUGUUUUUAAAGAGAGAAAUUCAGAUUCUUCUGGUUGGUCUUAGCAUUGCUGGUAAAACCACAAUUAUGUACAAGCUCAAGUCGGGUGAAGUUGGCACAACUACCCCUACCCCUACCAUCGGAUUUAAUGUGGAGACUGUUGAGUACAACAACAUUAACUUUGUCGUAUUUGAUAUUGGUGGUUAUGACCUGAGGUUUGUCGAGGUCCUACUUCCCCAACACACACAAGGGCUUAUCUUUGUGGUCGAUAGCAAUGACCGAGACCGUGUGGUCGACGCCAGAGAAACUCUGCAUAGGUUGUUGAGUGAGGAUGAAUUAAGGGAUGUUGUGUUGCUUGUGUUUGCAAACAAGCAAGAUCUUCCCAAUGCGAUGAAUGCUGGUGAGAUCAGUGAUAAGCUUGAUCUUCAUUCUCUUCGACAGCGACACUGGUAUAUCCAGACCACAUGUGCCACUUCUGGAGAAGGGCUAUAUGAGGGACUGGAUUGGCUUUCAAACAAAAUUUCUAACAAG